AACAGGCCAGGCCGCGCGUGUUGUUGCCAUGGGGACGAGCGGCCCCGGCUGAAGGUUUCCAUGCUUGGAAACCGCGCCUCCGCGGAGGUAGCAAUUCCCUGACCUAGCCAUGGCUCAGAACGCUGAAAACCACGACCCUGUCGGAUCCAUCUUAAUCCAGAUCCAUGAAGACCUUUAUCAGUUAAAGGAGGAAUUAACAAAAUUCUCACCUGAGGAAAAAAGAGAGACUCUAGACAUUCGGAGUCUUGACACAGCAAUCAAAAGGACUGAAAUGGGGUUAAAAAUUCACAUUGAGAAGUAUUUAAAUGUUGUCAACCAGAAUGUAUUAACGACUGCUGUUAAUGAUGAGAGCUUAUAUACUCCCCAGGCUUCCAAAUGGUUACUUCCAACUGUAAUUGAUCAGAAAUCAUUUAUUUUCCCUCAGGAAUCUGAGGGUAAACUUUGGCAAUCCCAAAGACAGCACAGUUCAUCUCUGCCUGUCUUUCCAAGAGCAAAGCAAAAGAUAGGGUUGAAUGUAAAAAUCAUGCAGGAUCCUGAAAACAUCCACCACAGAGCUGCUGUAAAUGCGAACUAUGGAAUCAGUUUACCAUAUAUUAAUCAGAGAAAAGCAUGUGUAAAUGUUCCAAAGUUAAUCAAAGGGUCUACCGUAUCCAACCUCACGGUUCUGCCAUCUUCUCAUCGCACAGAUCCCUAUUUCACUCCUGUACCAGUCUUACAAGCAGAUGCCUGCAAAGGGAUUUUAAGUAUGAUAGAACGAGGGCUGAUUCCACCAACAGCAAGGAUUACCUUUCAGAAUCCACCCAUUAUACCCAGAGCAGCUCCCCUGCACAGUUUUGGUGAAGCACGUAAGAUUCCAACUGCAGCCACUUUCACUGUACCUCGGGAACCACCGCCACCUCCAGCAGAGGUGAAGUUCUUUCCCAAGAAACACAGUUCAAAGGGGAAAAGCAGAAGGCCAAGAGGACAUCAUGAUAGGAAGGCCGUGAAAGUGACACCACCUUCGAGAGCCCGGAAAUCACUGUGGGAUUAUGACUUUUUAAUUUAUGAUGGUGUCAUAGACAAUACAGCCCCAGACUUCUUAGCAUUCAAGGAACAUUUUAGCUUAGCUUGGGGAGGUAUUUUUUCUCUCUUGGAACACGUUGAGAAGUUUCUCAGGAACUAUGCAAUACCAGAAGUCAAAAUAAAAGGGAAUAAUUUGGUGGCCCUCCUUCCAGAGUUUGAGCUGAAGAAUAAACUUACCAGAUAUGACCUUCUGUCAGUGUUAGAGGACCCAGCUCACGUCCAAAUGCUGAUAAAUCUUCCAGGGCAAAGGUACAAGGGCCAAGAUGGAAAUUCGGAGGCCGCCAUGAAGAUCCAAGCCACAUGGAAAUGCUACAGAGCGAGAAAAUUCUUCCUCAUUUAUCGCCAGCAGAAGUGGGCAUCAGGUGUGAUUGCCAUUGCUUGGCUGUUACAUUGCCAUAAGACUCGACUAAAGAAGAUACUAAAGGAAUCACGUCAGAGACACCUGGAGAAUUUCCGCAUUCGAGCCAAGCAUCUGGCAGCCAACUGGAAUCGCAUCAGGACCUCCAGGAGGACUAUUAUCCAUAUCCCAUCAUUAGGGUAUUCCCAGCCUGUGAGAGAACAUAUUGCCGAUUUCAACACACAGCAGAACACGCAGCUGGGGAGGCUGUGUGACAUCUUAGAUGCCAAUGUGAACGUCAUCUACAUCUGCUCCCAUCAUAUGAAUGAUGAGUUAGUGCUGUAUUACAAAAAAAUCCUAAGUCUACAUGCAGCCGUCAAAUCGGGGAACCUUGAGGACAGAAGUGACCUGCAGGACAGGAUCAAAAUUAUCACCCCUGAAGCUGUAAACAUUUUCCCCAUGAUAGAGCAGCUGAGUCAGCUGAUAACUGAUCACCUGCAAAUACAGCGCUGGCUCUUUAAAAUGGACUCUGAGUUCCGAGGAAAUGGGACUGCAUUUUGUGAUAUUCCUUCCUACCUAAAGUGCUACAAAUGGGUGCUCAAGGAGAGUAGCAGAUAUGGCCUUGAAGACUGGAGAAAGAAAUGGGCACAAGAGCCAGCUUUGGUGAAGAUCUCCGAGGAGCUGGCGGGCAUUUUAGCACAGCACGCACAGCCAGUCAAUGAGAAACGGUUCCCGACGUGGAGGAAAUUCCUCCAAACAUUUCUCAGUCAAGGGGGUGUGAUCGAAGCAUUCCCACCUGCAGAUAGCAUCACCAACCUGACAGUGGACAUGCUGAUAGAGCCCAACGGGAAAAUCAGCGUGCUGUCAACAGGGGACCAGCUUCAUGCCGACAGCCCCUUCAUCUCCUCUGGUACCACCGUGCCUCAGACCUCAGUGGAUCCCCAAGUUCUCACUUAUUUGUGCCUCCAAAUUGGAAAAGCCUGCAGAAUGAGAGAUGUGGUUGGUUACUUUUCUAUAGAUCUGGUGACUUUUAUUGAUCCAAGCACCUUGGAACAGCAGGUGUGGGCAACGGGCCUUAACCUCGCAUAUAGUGACCAGCUGGCCCUGACUCAACUCACCUUAUACCUGACAAAUGGCCAUCUGGAUUGCAGUUUGAGCACCCUGGAAGUGCCCCGCUUUGUUCCAAAGGAAAGGAAGAAAACCAACCGCAUUAGUGCGCUCUCAGUGCCGACGCUGGCAACCAGUCGUUAUGCAGUGAUGACCACCCAGCUAAGACACAGCAAUCUCUCACUGGUUUUCCACUACGUUUUUCUCCAGAUCUGUAGGGCCCAUGGCAUUGGCUAUGAUCUGGAGGACAGGCAAGGAACUGUUUUUAUAUUAUAUGAGCACAUGAAGAGACACAAGUUGGGAAUGUUAACAAUCGGCGAGGAUCUCCAGGGGGUCCUCAUGACCUUUGCUCGCAAUCUCUUCAUCAUCCAUCAAGAAAUAUCAGCACCUAAUAUGCAAGGCGAGACCAAUUUUAAGACCAGCAUUGCUGAUAUUGAAACUAUUCUAAGAGUAACAAAGGAAAACAAAAUGAGAUAUGAAGAGGAGCAACAGUCCAAAGAUGAUAAAAAUCUCUCUAAACCCAAGAAAUGAUCCUGGAAUACAGUACAUAACAUUUUGGAUCCCAGUCUGGAAUAAAAAGGGCAAUUUUUUUUUUUUUUUUUCUGUUAGAAAUAAAA